AUGUCUUGGAUCGUGCUGCUUACAAUUUUAUCGUGUACUUAUUCUACAGCGUUUGCUAAGAAGCACAGUUUAGUUGUUAAAAAUUACAGGAUUAUUGGCCAUGUUUACCAAACCUUGCACACCAAUGACUGGCUUCAUUGUGUGUUCGUUUGUUCGGCUGAUACUCGAUGCAUCUCUUACAACUUCCAUCAAAAAGGUUUAUGCGAGCUUAACUCCUGCGCGGUUGAUGACAUGUUCGAUCUCAAUAAGUGGGGUGUUCAUUCAAGUGGAUUUGUCUUCCAACAGUUGCGGGAUACAAACAAGGUACAUUUUGUGCAUAUAAAAUACUUCGAAAACUUCCCCAUCGCUGUUUCUGAAGCCACAUAAACGAUAAUAUAUUUACUAAGGAUACAAAAUCGAGGUCUCGACCUAUCUUAUUUUCAAGUUACCGAUAAUUUUCCCAGAUCGAGUCAGUCUUCAUGUCAUUCAGAAAAAUCAAGUCCCAAAAACAACUCCGACAUAAACCAGCCACGUUUUCAAAAUCUUAAUUGCAAGUAAGUUAUAUAAUUAGUAAUUCAAUUCACCACUUUAUUUGCAAACGUUACAGUCAAGAAGACUUUUGCAGGGACUGAUCAAACAACGUGAAAUAGAGUUUGGUUGCGAUAUUUCGACUGGCCAAUACCAGUCUUCGUCAGGUUUUUUUCAGAUAUCACGAAUUUAUAGAAAUAUACAUGAAGUAAAAUAAUGAUCGGAAAUUACACAAUAUGACUAUUUCACGUUGUUUGAUUAGUCCCUGGAAAAGUCUUCUUGCCUGUAACGUUUUCAAUUUGAUCUAUUUUGACUGAUCACGACCUGGGUUAGGGUUAGGGUUAGGUUAGGGUUAACCUUGAGCAAGAUUGAUCGUACACGGUUUUUGCAGUGGUUUUUUUUUUACUUUAAUUCAACACUUUAUUUGCAGGGCAAGUGUCAAACACGUUCACUGGAAAAAGAGUUCAAAGGUAAGGCACGUAUGUGAAGAGAGACGGCGUUGUAACACUGAAUUUAAAGCUUUUAUGACUCUCAUAAAUAGCAUCUGUACUGUCGCAAUUUGUAAUAUGUUGAUUAACCCUCGCUAAAAGCGAGCAUUUAAAAUUUACUUCAGACGAGCGACUUGAAACCAUUGCAAAGAAAUCAAACCGAUUAAAAGCUAACAACUGGUCAGCGGAAAACUUCAAAAAAACACGUGACCUCGAGGAAUUGAUCACUGAGACCGCGAUACAGUCAUUUGACUCUGUUCAGCGGAUACCCUGUUUUGACAGCUGUCAAUUGACCAUAGUACUAUGUUUAUUAUAUCAAGCAAAACACAGGUUACAGCCUCCUUACUAGCAAGAAAGUUUGACAUCUCACAUUGGUUUCCCUGUGGUGCGGAAGAACAGACGGACGGUCAGUUGAUUACCAAAUUUUCUUAGGUAUGGGGCUCCGCUGGAAAGUGGAGCUCCGCUAAUAAUCAUGGCACUUUAUUUGCACCUGUCGCAAAUUCUGUCGCACUUUUUACUAAACUGUCCAUCGCACAUUGCAAAUUAUUGUAAUCAAUGUUUAAGCUAUAAUUGUAACAAAACUAUCAAGACAAACCAAGAGUAGUUCUAGCUAUCAAAACAAAACCUCAAAGGAGUAUUAGUGUUAAAACAGCUAUUCCACGUGUAGUGUGGCCGAUAUAUUUGAUCGGCUGUAUCUUCCCCUUAUAUUACGUGAACAGCGAGAUCAAAUGGCCGGCGGAAUGGUUCAUCGAAUGAACGCUUAUCUGUAGUGUUCAAACAUAACCCUCCUUUGAUCCUAAGACACUCAUCACUUUUCCCUUUGCUUUACAGACAAUUACGCGCUCCAAUUUUCGAGAAUUCUUGGUGCAUCAGGCUACGUCAUUAUCCGGGACUUCCCUAGCCUUGUAGCAUUUACUGUUUGUUUCUGGAUGAAGACCGAAGACAAACAAAAUGAUGGAACCCCGUUCAGCUACGCCACGUCCGGAACUAGCAAUGAAUUGCUUUUGUACAAUUAUCGUAAUUUUCAGCUGUUUAUUCACAACCAGAAAAGGUACGUGUACGUAUACCCUAAAGUAAAUAUACAGGGUAUUGAGAGGUAAUACCCUCAAAAUCAUCAGAUUAUUAUUGAUAACUACUAGCUUUGCAGAUCUGCUGGCGUGCGUGUUGAAACCGAACACCCUACUCCACUAAAAUUACAGCUACAAAAAUGCUACUUCUCUACGCGCGGCGGAGCCACAAUGGCCACUCACUUUUGUCCCCAAUAUCGUCGUUAUUGGCCAUAGCUCCAUUACAGGCUAGACUCUGUUAUUGACCUGCUCCUAGGCCUUUCCCGAUUGUCAUGGCGAGCCGCAAGCCUUAGCGACCGAAAUAUGGGGGAAAAUUUGUCCCCCAUCUGACCAGGAAGCCAUUGUUUAAAUUCAGCCAAGCAUAGACCGUUGACAGCUUGAAACCAUACUUGAGGUGAAAUGCGAAUCUCCUUUCGUGACCUCCUACUGAAGCUUUAUUCGACAUAUCUUUCAAUGGAUCAUUUUAGCAGACACUACAGAAAUAAUAAAGCUGAGCUGAUGAGACGAACACAACUAAAGAAAAGAACCUGGUGAAAUAGAAAUCACUCCGAAACAGCGCACUACUCGGAAAACUUGUGGCGGUGUAGAGGAGUUUUGCACAAAUUAUCUAACCGGGGAUACCUCAGAAUCAAUAUGCAUUUAUUUACCACAAAUGAACGAAGUGCAGCGAUUUAAAUAAAUUUGAUUGAAUUUAAACUAUAAAUUUAAAUAAUUUUCAUUGUAGCUUUUUCUGGGGAGCAGAAUUUAAAGCGGGUUAGGGUUAGGGUUAGGGUUAGGGUUAGGGUUAGCCCUAACCCUAACCCUAAACCCGGCUUGGCAACGUUUGAGCAACGUUUGCCGUUUGGAGCAACUUUUCGCGGUUCUAGCAACCCCGAGCAAAUUUUGCCUUUCUGAGCAACGUUUGAGCAAAAUGUAGGUUCAGAGCACAUAUCAAGCGCGAAAAAAAGUCGACGAUUUCAUAGAAAACUUUUAUUAGUUUACGAAGUUCCGUAUCAAAGAUUUUUUUUCCACAGCCUUAUUGGGUGCUCCUCUUGUGAUAUACAAUAUAAAUUUAUAAUACAACACACACACACACAAAAAAGAAAACAAAAAAGAGGCAAGACAGGCAAAAACCCAAAAGGGCUAGGUGCAACGGGACUAACGUCCCAUGCGAGGCACCGCACCUAGAUUAAGACCCAGGUUAAAAUAAAAUAAAAUGAAUACUCAAACAUUCGUACAAAAAAUAGAAUAAAUUACGAGUGGCAUGGGCACGUAGGGACUAGCGUCCACGUGCAGGGGUAAUUGAUUUCAUAUACCGGCGAAAGGUGAGUGCUCAUUAAUUUGCGAACAAAAAGUUGAAAGGCAGUAGGAGAGGAAAAACUGGUUGGGGGGCUACCUUACAAACAUAGUUCCAUACUUUAACGAUACGGUUAAAGUACGAGGCCUGAAAAGUUGAUGUUUUGCAAAAAGGGGUGCGAAGAUUAAAGGAGUUACUUAGUCUUGUACGAUCAUGGGAAACAAAAGAUACAUAAUGCCGAACAUCUAAAUCGGUACUACAGUAAAGGCAUUUAUAAAAAAGAUCAAAUCUUUAAGUUCACGAUCUAGAGAAAGUGGCAGUAAGUCUAGCAAAGGCAGCUGCUCUUUGUACGACGACUGAGUUGAACCAGACUAUCCGGGUCGCCGUCCUAGAGUUUUCCUCCGAGUGGAGAGUUCACAAUGUCUGCCUUGAAAGCGUCCAAGUCGACGUCUUUGAGGCAACGCUGUUUAAAUUGUGACUUGGAGGCAGCGGGCUUUGCAAACGCCAUAGAAGAGAGUACAGUGUGGUGAUCGGAUGGAAGAUCUAUCAGAGUCGUAAAGGAAGAAAGCGCAAUAUCGUUCUGGCGGUCAAUAAUGAGGUCAAGGGUGUGCGUGCUGCGAUAACUUGGGCCUUUCACAUGUUGUGCAAGGCCUGCCGACUCGAGCAGAUCUUUGAAAUUAUUUGCAUCGGCGUCAGUGUUAACAUCCAUGUGGAAAUUGAAAUCGCCGUUCAACAGCAGGUGGCCAGAAGCGGUGGUAAGAGUUUCCGGUAGUGGAGAACUCUUUGAAAAGGUAGCUGGUGUGGAGCAGUUUUUCUUGGAACGCGGUGGUCUACAAAUAGUCACAAGUCUUAAAGUGGAGUUGCCAUAGGAAAUAUCAAGAUCUAAGUUCUCCAUAGAUGAGAAGGGAACAGAUUCGACCUUACGCGUUGUGAGACCUCUCCGUAAGAACACACUUACUCCUCCACCAGUCCUACUAACUCUGGAAACGUCGUAGAAUCCAUAGUCUUUUAGGGUAUUCAAGAUCUCCGAGACUGUGCUGUUCCAAGACUUUCCAGUUAGCCACGUUCCUAUGAUCGCUAAAAUAUCCAAGUGUUUCGAUAUAACCAGGUCUCAUAUCAAGCUAGAUUUCCUAUUUAUUAGUAGUUAGUACCAUAAAGUAGUAGUUAUUUUUCAUCAUCUUUUGGAAACAAUGAAUUGUAAAUUAUUUCUUAUUUUUCUCUUUACUUUAUGUAAUGUAUCCCUUUAAACUCAUGUGUGUGACCCAGUUACAAAAAAUAAUUAUCUAAACCCAUCCGUAAAUAUUCAUGACUUGACUGACUGACUAAGCCUGUGAACAGACUCUGUGUUUGGCGAAAAAGUAGCGAGGAAAGGGAAGGGAAAGGGGGGAAGAGAGAGAGCCUGUAGACAAACAUUUGAGGCCGCUAUUCCGCCCUCUUGCAAUUAUCCUGCCGAUCAUCUGUCAGUAAGAUUGUUAUCUGUCAAUCAAUUUCGCACGUGAGUAACCCCUGGGAAAAUUGACGGAAGAUGAGCGGUGUUUUGCUCCCUCUGAAAACAGAGUGAAAUAGAGCGCGAGCCUCAUUGUCGAUUUUGCUAAAAGUCGCUGACAUCCGGUAAGAGAAUUUAUACGGUUCCAGAGAAAAAAAACCUUGCUGGUUGACAGUGGUCAAGACAGCGUUGUAUUAGCGCAAGCAUUUGAAUCCUUAAGAUUUCCCCUUGAGCAAGGAGAAAGCUUUUCCGAUUUAAGUUGCUUAAAUUGUGCGCAACAGGCCGUUCGUCUUGCUAGUUCAGCUUCUAAUUUAGCAAGCCCCUGCAAUGGGCGAACUUGGAAUGCGAAAGGUAUAGAUGCUAUCACGACUACUCCAGAACUUGAAGCUCCGAAGACAAGUACAAAGAGAACAGCAGCGCUUCCAUCGCCGACAGGAAUUACACCUUCGGGUAUUUAUAGCGACUUUUACCUCAGGCCAAAAUGCUGCUUGUUCCCAUAAGUUUUUUCCUCUGCUAGGUGGACAUUUUCGCUGAGCAAAUGUUAUUUCAGCGGCUUGUUUCACACUGAGAGGUCAUGGCACACAUCGCUUUACUGCGGUUUUUGUUUUUGGUCAGCAGGAAUUGCCCUCAACUGAAAGAGCAUUUUCUUUGACCUCUUUUGAAGCGUAAAGCUUUUUAUUGCGGCUGAAUAAGGUUCUUAGUUUUCUCCAAAGUGCCUUCUGGAUCUGAAUAACUAAGCGAUUUUCCUUAGUCCGUGAAUGAAAUGUGUUUCUGCAAUGUUGUAUCACGCUGGACCCAGCUAGUUAGUUUUCUUUGCAAAAAAAAAUUAUCAUGGAUAGUGAUUUACAGAUCCAAAAUUAUAAGACUGAAGUGCAGCUUAAACCGAAGCUACAUCAACUAUGGAGAAUUGCAUUGUGACACGGUAAACUUCAGCUUAGCGUUUUUCUAAAGAUAGUGUGUUUUGUUAUCGCCAAUUUGUGAUCAAAUCGCGAGCUACGUGCGGAUAAAAAAGCCGAUGUCAAUCAGACCUGUCGACAGUCAGUGUUCUCGCCAAUAGGAGCUUGCAUGAGGAUCUGAUGCACAGCGGGUGCCAUGGAACGGCGGUCCCAGAUGUUUGUCUGCAGGCCUUUUCGCUUUUCCCUCUCCCCAGUUCCCCGCGCGACCAAAGGGCUGUUCACAGCCUAGACUUACUUGACUUGGAUAACAUACCCAGUUUAUAUAUGCAAAUCAGUGUGCGUCUACCGUCGAAAUAAAAUGCCGACUAAAUUUAAAAUAACCCCUUGGCUAUCAAGUGUCAUCCUCACUUCAAUGAAUAUUGCUAUAAUAACCGGACUAGAUCGAACAACAAUUCGUGGGUCAAUCUGAUCACUAUGUUUUCAAAUAAAUAAUGUUUGCUUGGACUUUCUAAUUUCUUUAUUAGAAAAAAUGAGUUCCUGGUGCAAUCAUUCAUUAUCUUUUCCUUUAGAACCACAAAUGUGGUCGCAACGGACGGGAGAUGGCACCAUAUCUGUUUCACUUGGGAGAAUACUGUUGGUUCGUGGCAGCUACUUAAGGAUGGUAUAGCUAAGGCUUCUGGGACUAAUUUACAGAAAGGUAGUUAGUUAUCUCUAGUUUGGCAACAUUUCGGUCUCAAGGUAGGAGACAUUUUGGUGCAUAUUGAAUAACCACCCUUUGAUUAACCACUUUGCAAUGUAUGACAAACGCUUGUCUUUGAUCGCCAGUAUCUACUUCACUAGCUUCGUUCUAAUUUUGACUUUAAGCUAAUAUAGUAUAUUCUUGGCUAGUGAUUCUGUAUUACGGUCUUGAUUUCUAUUCUUUCGAGGUUACACAAUUUCAGGAGGAGGAGUGUUGGUGCUCGGUCAAGAACAAGAUAAACCAGGAGGUGGAUUUGAUCAAAAGCAGAGUUUUAUUGGAGAACUGACAAAUGUUCAGCUGUGGAACUACGUAAUACCUUUACAAGAAAUCAAUGACUUGACUUUAUUCUUUUUAUGUAAUGCAUAUUCUAGAAGUGGAAACGUGCUUUCUUGGUUUGAUAUUGUUCAAGGGUCACUCAACGGAUCCGUAACGUUGAUUGCAUUGUCCAAGUGCUGA